AUGCCUGGGGGCCCGGGCGCGCCCUCCUCUCCCGCAACAUCCGCAGGUCCCUUCCCUGCCGCGCCGUUGGGGAUCGCGGCAUGCCCGUCGCCCCCACAACCCCUGACCGAGGGGUCUCCACGGGUCUCCGGUCCUCGGCGCGGCGCCAGCGUCCCACAGAAGCUGGCGGAGACUCUGAGCAGCCAAUACGGGCUGAAUGUGUUCGUGGCAGGGCUGCUGUUCCUGCUGGCCUGGGCGGUGCACGCGGCGGGUGUGGGCAAGAGCGACCUCCUGUGCGUGCUGACCGCGCUCAUGCUGCUGCAGUUGCUCUGGAUGCUGUGGUACGUGGGCCGCAGCUAUGUGCAGCGCCGCCUCAUCCGCCUCAAGGACACACACGCGGGUGCGCGCUGGCUCCGUGGUAGCAUCACACUGUUCGCCUUCAUCACCAUCAUCCUGGGAUGCUUGAAAGUCGCUUACUUCAUUGGAUUUUCCGAGUGCUUGUCAGCCACGGAGGGAGUGUUCCCCGUCACCCACGCUGUGCAUACACUGCUGCAGGUCUAUUUUCUCUGGGGCCACGCUAAGGAUAUUAUCCUGUCUUUCAAAACAUUGGAAAGGUUCGGGGUGAUCCACUCGGUGUUCACGAACUUGCUGUUGUGGGCCAACAGCGUCCUGAAUGAGUCAAAGCACCAACUGAACGAGCACAAGGAACGGCUUAUCACGCUGGGCUUCGGCAACAUCACCAUAGUUUUGGAUGACCACACACCACAGUGUAACUGCACGCCCCCGGCCCUCUGCUCUGCCCUCUCCCAUGGAAUCUACUAUCUGUACCCCUUCAACAUCGAGUAUCAGAUCCUGGCCUCCACCAUGCUCUAUGUGCUCUGGAAGAACAUUGGGCGCAGGGUGGACAACUCCCGGCACCAGAAGAUGCAGUGCAGAUUCGACGGGGUCCUGGUGGGCUCUGUUCUGGGCCUGACAGUGUUGGCUGCCACUAUCACCGUGGUUGUGGUGUACAUGAUCCAUAUUGGACGCUCCAAGUCCAAGAGCGAGUCGGCGCUCAUCUUGUUCUACUUGUAUGCUAUCACGGUGCUGCUGCUCAUGGGAGCUGCUGGGCUGGUAGGAACCUGGAUUUACAGGGUGGAUGAGAAAUCUCUGGAUGAGUCCAAAAACCCUGCACGUAAGCUGGAUGCCGACCUCUUGGUGGCCACAGCCUCAGGUUCAUGGCUCCUCUCCUGGGGCUCCAUUUUGGCCAUCGCUUGUGCUGAGACCCGACCGCCAUAUACCUGGUACAAUCUGCCCUACUCUGUCUUGGUGAUCUUGGAGAAGUAUGUCCAGAACCUUUUCAUCAUCGAGUCGGUGCACCGCGAGCCCGAGGGCAUCCCCGAGGAUGUGCGCACUCUGCGCGUGGUCACCGUCUGCAGUGGCGAAGCCGCUGUGCUGGCUGCAUCCAGUCUCGGGAGCCAGGGGUUGUCUCGGGAUGGAUCACCAGCGGUCAAUGGAAAUCUGCGUUUGCAGCAGGGAUAUCGUAAAGAGGACCAGGAGGCUGACUGGGAAGGGGCUGCGGGCACAGCCCGAUGUCCGGAUUUCCUGCAGGGUGGAGUCAAGAGGAGGAUCCUCAGAAACAUCACAGCCUUUCUGUUCCUUUGCAACAUCUCGCUUUGGAUCCCCCCUGCCUUUGGCUGCCGCCCCGAGUAUGACAACGGAUUAGAGGAAAUCGUCUUCGGCUUUGAACCCUGGAUAAUCGUGGUCAACCUGGCCAUGCCCUUCUCUAUUUUCUACCGGAUGCACGCAGCUGCUGCCCUCUUUGAGGUCUAUUGUAAGAUCUAG